AUGAGGAGCUUUAUGGACCUCAAAAUAUGGCUACUUAAAUUGGUUACCUUGUCAAGUUUGCUCUGCUUGUCCCAUGGAAGACCAAAUCAUGAGUUCCGAGUAAGAGCUGUUAAUCUUGGUGGUUGGUUGGUUACUGAAGGUUGGAUUAAACCUUCUCUCUUCGAUGGCAUUCCAAAUAAGGAUUUCUUGGAUGGAACUGGCCUUCAAUUCAAGUCCGUGACUACAAGGAAAUACCUCAGUGCAGAGUAUGGAGGAGGAAAUAUCAUAGUUGCAAACCGCACAGAUGCUUCGAAUUGGGAAACAUUCACGUUGUGGAGGAUAAACGAGGAUACUUUCAGAUUGAGGGUGUUCAACAAACAGUUUGUGGGCUUAAAUGGGAUUAACGUUGUUGCUGUUAUCGAUGUUCCCUCUCAUUCUGAGACGUUUGAUAUUGUAAAGGAAAGUGGCAAUUCAAGCCGUGUUCGAAUCAGAGCAUCUAGUGGAUACUUCUUGCAGGCAAAGACAGAGGAGUUGGUGACUGCCGAUGUUUCAAAGGUGAGGGGAUGGAGAAACGAUGACCCAACCGUAUUUGUGAUGACAAUUGCUACAAGGUUGCAAGGUGAAUUCCAAGUAACAAAUGGUUAUGGACCCACAAAAGCUCCACAAGUUAUGAAGGAACACUGGAACACUUUUAUUGUUGAAGAUGAUUUCAAGUUCAUAGCCAAUAACGGAUUGAACACUGUUAGAAUUCCAGUUGGCUGGUGGAUAGCAAGUGAUCCAACACCACCCAAACCUUACGUGGGAGGUUCCUUGCACGCACUAGACAACGCCUUCUUGUGGGCACAGAAAUAUGGAUUGAAAGUGAUCAUUGACCUACAUGCUGCACCCGGUUCUCAAAGUGGCUACGAGCACAGCUCUUCAAGAGAUGGCUCACAAGAUUGGGGAAAAUCAGAUGAAACAAUCCACCAAACAGUUCAAGUUAUAGACUUCUUGACUGCAAGAUAUGCAAAAAGCCCAAACCUUUAUGCAGUUGAGCUUUUGAAUGAGCCUCGUGCACCUGGUGCCACGGUAGAGAUGUUGAGCAAGUACUACAAAGCUGGUUAUGAAGUAGUGCGCAAGCACUCUUCCACAGCCUAUGUGGUGUUGUCAAACAGGCUAGGACCCUCAGACCCCAAGGAAUUCUUACCUCUUGCGAGUGGCCUUAAGCGAUCUGUGAUUGAUGUUCACUAUUAUAGCGUCCUUAAUGACACAUUUACCAACUUUACUGUCCAAGAACACAUUGAUUUCAUCAAAACUAACCGCGCAUCAGAGUUGAAUUUGGUUACAGCCUCAAAUGGUCCUCUUAGUUUUGUCGGUGAAUGGGUUGCUGAGUGGGAAGUUAUUGGAGCUACAAAAAGGGACUACCAAAGAUUUGCCAAGGCCCAAAUAAAUGUUUAUCGACGAGCAACAUUUGGUUGGGGUUAUUGGACUUUAAAGAAUGUCAGAAACCACUGGAGUCUAGAGUGGAUGAUCAAGAAUGGUUAUAUAAAGCUAACUUAG